AUGGUUGAACCCAUUCAUUCCAUUCCAUUCUCCUUCCACAGCAACCUGUCCGUACCCGGCGUGCCACACCGGUCCACACCCAGCUUCCUUUCCAAGUCGCUUAAGCCCCUGGAUUCAGCAUCGACCAAUCUAGCGCGUGUUGAAUUCAUUGAGCUCUUACGAUACAAAAACAUACUUGUCUACCUAAUCAAAUUGCGGAUUUCCUUUCAGAGCUACUUUCGCACUCAGUACAACACGCACUAUCGCUCCCUUCGCAAACUUAACGCUCGCAUCGUUGCUUUCUUUCUUUGCCUCAACUCAAUUGCGGCGCAGAAUCCCAACCAAAUCGCCGUUCGUCUGGAUCACUCGGCUUAUACCACCUGCCUACCGAUUCCUGCCGCUCUCGUCCCUGCCGUCACCCCGUCUACCACUCUGAAACAUCAACAUUCCGAACCAACCAAACCAUUCCAGAUCCUCGAAUCUCACGUUGCUCGGGGACACCCUCCCAGCCUACGUACUAGUCGGCUUGGAAGCAACUCUCCUUCAAGAACCGACAAAACCCCUCGCUUCCCAGCCAUAGGUCUCGACGUAACAUUCAUUGUUUCCGCCGAACCUCCUUCGGUGCGCUGCGAGUCGCCCUCGCCUGAGAUCACUCCUACCCCCGCCAUCGGGGCUUGUCCGAAUCUCUCACGCUGCGUAUCCACCGCUUCCGACCUCUCCCAUGGCUCCGGUUCAGAGUUCGCCACGCGGGAUUCCCUCGGCAGCGACGCUUUCUCUCGACAAUCCUCCGCGAGCUAUGGCCGUCGCUCCGACGUCAGCUUUGCCUCCUCCCGCCAGUCUACACAUAGCGAUGGCAGCCGGCCCAGUCGUCGCCGCGGGUACAUGCGUCCGCAGGGUACCGCUUUCGCUGCCAGUGCGCAGUCGCGCGAGAGCGUCCUGAGCCUGGGCAGCAUUGCCCAUCUACAGUACUACUUUGCCAGGACAGGCUUGCUCGACGGAAAAGGUGCGCAGCUGCAGCGCAAGAAUAAGCAGAACCGAGCGACCUUGGACCUCUCGGCUCUGGACACCUCGACGUCGUCGUCGUCGUCGUCGUCGUUGUUGUUGUCGUUGUCGUCGUCAUCGCUAUCGCCUCGUGUGGCUGGCUCUGAUGUCGAUUCGUCGUACGCUUCCAUGGGGAGCAGUCCCGAACUCGCCGCCUCUGGGUUCGGAUCUGGUCCCUUGGUCGAAUCGCCAAUUGAAGAGCCCUACUACUCCGACGAAUUCGAUGAACCCGACCCUGACAUGCCACCUCCCACCACCAGCACCUAUAUCCAUCGAGAAAAACCGGUGCCUCCACCGCCGACCGUCGAAGAGCUCAAGUCGGACCUCACAGGCUCCCUAGAGAAAGCCGCCGAGGCGCUCAAAGAUGCCCGAGAUCGCAAGGACGGCCCGCGGGACGUAGGAGAAGGGACAAGCCAGCCGGCGCCAGCGACGGAAAGCCCACGAUCCCAUCAUGCGCGGCAAAAAUCCAAGGCAAUGGGGUGGUACGAGCUUCAAGGCAUGCACAUCCUCGACGUGACGACCCUCGCCAUCCGGGCCGCCAAGAUGUACUACACCGCCCACGAGCAACCGGAGCGACUCGACUCCAUCAAGUCCGAACGCCAGAUCCGCGCCGAACUCUUUUCCGUCAUGGAGACGCUAAAACAAAUGGCCACCCGUCGUUGGGCCGGCGGCAUCCGCGACGACGAGCUCGCCAACCUCGAGACCUGGAUCCGGAGUCUCUUCGACAUGCUCAAGCAAGAGGACGAGAUGGAAGAAGCGGAGCGGGCGGAGCGCGCCGGUUGGAUGUGGUUGAAAGGCGACUGGACCGGCAGGGAAACCGAGCGAGAGCUCGCUUUCCUCGCGUCCCUCGCCGUCGAUCUGGGCCUCCCACCCCUGCCGGAGUACACACCAGCCGCUGGUCUGGCGGCUGGAGAUCUCCCGACGCCGUUCCUGAAAAGCAUGCAGAACGGUCUCCGGCUCGUGAAGCUGCACAACGCGGCAGUGAAAAAAUCGAAGCGACGGUUCGGCAGUAUCACCCCUUUCCACGAGGACACCGAGAAGCCGUACCGCUGCGCGGAUAACCUGCGCUACUGGGUCAAAGCUGCGGAACUCCGGUGGGAAGUGUUGCUCAAGGUGGACGCUCUCGGCGUGGUGUGCAACACCGGGCCUCAAGUGUGGACGGACUUUGAGGCUGCGAUUUGGAAGUGGUGUCGGAAGGCCCGGGAGGAGAUUGCCGCCGAAUUGGAUGUCUGACGGGCGGGGAAAUUGGAUGCUGAAACAGAACGCUUGUGAAGUCAUGAUGAUUGAUGACGUUGUCCCGCAAUACCCCGGAGUCUCGGUUUUAUUGCUUUUUCCUGGUCUUGUUUGCUUGUUCGCUGGCCCCCAUUCAAACUGGAUAUCCAGUCAUCUUCUGCGCGAUUCUAUGCUCUUGCUACCUUACUUUCUUGGACAUGUUCACGCUGGAUGAUGCCACUCUACGCUAUGAAUAGUUUAGAACCUUACUUAGUCUUGCUUGCUGGCUCCGCUAGCUCCAUCAGUCCUAGACACUAUGUCGUCUGGCGGUCAGAGAACGUAGUCACUCAUCGCAGCAUUGCUGCCCUUAAUACACCACGCUUAUG